ACUAGCCAUGGUGCUGUGGGAGUCCCCGCGGCCGUGCGGCGGCUGGACGCUGUGCGAGGGCUUCUGCUGGCUGCUGCUGCUGCCCGUGCUGCUGCUGCUCGCGGCCCGCCCGGCCCGGCUCGCGGCGUUCCCUACCUCCCUGAGCGACUGCCAGACGCCCACCGGCUGGAACUGCUCCGGUUAUGAUGACAGAGAAAAUGAUCUCUUCCUCUGUGACACCAACACCUGUAAAUUUGAUGGGGAAUGUUUAAGAAUUGGAGACACUGUGACUUGCGUCUGUCAGUUCAAGUGCAACAGUGACUACGUGCCCGUGUGUGGCUCCAACGGGGAGAGCUAUCAGAACGAGUGCUACCUGCGGCAGGCCGCCUGCAAGCAGCAGAGCGAGAUACUCGUCGUGUCCGAAGGAUCCUGUGCCACAGAUGCAGGAUCAGGAUCUGGAGAUGGAGUUCACGAAGGCUCAGGAGAAACGAGUCAGAAGGAGACGUCAACCUGUGAUAUUUGCCAGUUUGGUGCAGAAUGUGAUGAAGACGCCGAGGACGUCUGGUGUGUGUGCAACAUCGACUGUUCUCAAACCCACUUCAAUCCCCUCUGUGCUUCUGAUGGGAAGUCUUACGAUAACGCGUGUCAGAUCAAAGAAGCAUCGUGUCAGAAACAGGAGAAAAUUGAAGUCAUGUCGUUGGGUCGAUGUCAAGAUAACACAACUACAACAACUAAAUCUGAGGAUGGGCAUUAUGCAAGAACAGAUUAUGCAGAGAAUGCUAACAAGUUAGAAGAAAGUGCAAGAGAACACCACAUACCUUGCCCAGAACACUACAAUGGCUUCUGCAUGCACGGGAAGUGUGAACACUCGGCCAGUAUGCAGGAGCCCUCUUGCAGGUGUGAUGCUGGUUAUACUGGACAACACUGUGAAAAAAAGGACUACAGUGUACUGUACGUUGUUCCCGGCCCUGUACGAUUUCAGUACGUCUUAAUCGCAGCUGUGAUUGGAACCAUCCAGAUUGCUGUCAUCUGUGUGGUGGUUCUCUGCAUCACAAGGAAAUGCCCCAGAAGCAACAGAAUUCACAGACAGAAGCAAAACACAGGGCACUACAGUUCAGACAACACAACAAGAGCAUCCACGAGGUUAAUCUAAAGGGAGCAUGUGGCAUGGUGGCCGGACUUCCGAGAACUGGGACUACACAGUACAGUAUUAUAGACAAAAGAAUAAGACAAGCGAUCUACACAUGUUGCCUUGCAUUUGUGGUAAUCUACACCAAUGAAAACAUGUACUACAGCUAUAUUUGACUAUGUAUGGAUAUAUUUGAAAUAGUAUACAUUGUCUUGAUGUUUUUUCUGUAAUGUAAAUAAACUAUUUAUAUCACACAAUAUAGUUUUUUCUUUCCCAUGUAUUU